UAAAACUACAAGCUUGGCCUCGCCGUAACCAUCGGCUGCCUAAACUCUCUAUCUCUCUCUCUCUACAUUCUUCAUCGUCGGCCCCGACGAUGCCGAGCUCCUCUGAAAAUGCCCGCGCCAAGAACAAGAAGAGAAAGCUCUUCUUCGCCCUCUUCGCAUCCUUCUUCGUCCUUGCUCUAGCGCUCGCCGCUGUCUGUCGCCUCGCCUCCCGAGCCCCGCCAAGGAACUCCGCCAUCGACGACCACCACCGGGAAGCUCGGUCCCUCAUCAAGUCCUCCUGCAGCUCCACCCUGUACCCCGACCUCUGCCUCUCUCAGCUCACCUCCUCGCCGUCUUUGGCCUCCAACGCCGUGAAGACACCCAAGGACGUCAUCGCGCUAUCCCUGAACCUGACCAUCGCCUACGUCCAGCACAACUACUUCUCCAUCAAGAAGGUGGCGGCGGUGCGGCCGGGGCUGACGGCGAGGGAGAGGACGGCGCUCCACGACUGCCUGGAGAUGGUGGACGAGACCCUCGACGAGGUCCGCGAGACCCUGGCGGAGCUGCUGGCGUACCCGAACGGGGGCAACAAGUCGGCGUCGGAGCUCGCCGAAGACAUGAAGACGCUGCUCAGCGCCGCCAUGACGAACCAGGAGACGUGCCUCGACGGCUUCUCGCACGAUUCCGCCGACAAGAAGGUCAGAGAGGCCCUGUUGGGUGGCCAGAUGCACGUGUUCCACUUGUGCAGCAACGCGCUGGCCAUGGUCAAAAACAUGACCGACGCCGACGUGGCGAACGAGCGGAGGCUCUCCUCCUCUUCCAACAGGCGCUUGAAGGAGGAGACAAAGGAGGAGGAAGAGGACCCGGUACGGUGGCCGGAGUGGCUGUCAGCGGGGGACAGGCGGCUGCUCCAAUCGACCACCGUGACGCCGGACGUGACGGUGGCUGCAGACGGGACAGGGAACUACCGGACGGUGUCGGCGGCGGUGGCGGCGGCGCCGGAGGGGAGCGCGAGGAGGUACGUAAUAAAGAUUAAGGCAGGGGUAUACAGGGAAAACGUGGAGGUCCCGAAGAAGAAAGUCAACCUGAUGUUCAUGGGAGACGACAGGAAGACCACCAUCAUCACCGGGAGCAGGAACGUUGUGGACGGCAGCACCACAUUCAAAUCGGCAACUGUUGCUGUAGUUGGGGACGGGUUCUUGGCCAGGGACAUAACCUUCCAGAACACGGCGGGCCCGUCGAAGCACCAGGCGGUGGCGCUCCGCGUUGGGGCCGACUUCUCCGCCUUCCACCGGUGCGACAUGCUGGCCUACCAGGACACCCUCUACGUGCACUCCCUCCGCCAGUUCUACGUCGGCUGCCUCGUCGCCGGCACCGUCGACUUCAUCUUCGGGAACGCGGCCGCCGUGCUCCAGGACUGCGACAUCCACGCGAGACGCCCCAACCCUGGCCAGCGCAACAUGGUCACCGCCCAGGGUCGCGAUGAUCCCAACCAGAACACAGGUAUAGUGAUCCAAAAGUGCAGGAUCGGCGCGACUUCAGAUCUCUUGGCAGUGAAAGGGAGCUUCCAAACUUAUCUGGGAAGGCCAUGGAAGAUGUACUCGAGGACGGUGAUAAUGCAGACCGCCAUAAGCGACGUGAUCAACCCCGCAGGCUGGUACGAGUGGAACGGCAACUUCGCCCUCGACACCCUGUACUAUGCGGAGCACGCGAACACCGGGCCUGGGGCGAGCACCGCGAACCGCGUCACCUGGAAGGGCUACAGGGUGAUCUCGGCUCCAGAGGCUCAACCCUUCACCGCCAAUCAGUUCAUUGUCGCGGGCAGCUGGUUGAAGCCCACGGGGUUUCCCUACUAUCCCGGCCUCUGAAGAUGAAUCGGAGCGUCGGAUGAGAAACUGUAUCCAAUCAUUCGGAGACGAUGAUGAAUAAAGAGACUACUAGUUUUGAAGGUCCAUGAGGGAGAACGCGGCUAUAUAUACAUAUGUAUGUUCGUAAGGACGGUCGACGGACGCGAAAUGAAAUGAUGAAAGAGCGAGCGACAGGGAUUCCGAAUCGUUCGGGCAGAAAAGGAAGCCGACUGUCGAUAGUGGCAUACCCAUGUAAUUUCUCCAGAACAUGAAGGGCAUUAAAGUGCCUUUGAGAGAGUUGGUUGUUUUUCGAUGGAGAAAGCGAUAGCACACACUUCUUUA